CUCAUUCACUCGCCAACCAUCGGGCGAGGUAUUACGCUUUCUUGCAUUCGAAUUUGUCGUGUCGUGUUCUUUAGUUUUUCGAUUGAGUUUUUUUUUUGUUUCGUGUCAUCUUAUACGUGUAUUAAAACAUCAUUAUUAUUGUGAUUUAUAUAAUGUGAUCAUUGUGACUUUGUGCAUGUAUAUCGAUGUAAACAAAAAUAAUCUAAAGUUAAAAAGUGUGCAAAUUUCAUUUGUGCAGUCUUCCAAAGAUUUUUGUUUACGGACAACAACGGAUUGGAGCAACAUAUUCUUCGAUAAACAGCAGGCAGAUUCUUUGUAGGAGUUUCCGAGUGGGAUGAAACUGGUGGAGGAUGUCAUUGACCCGAUGAAAAGGUCAGAAAGUACUAGAUGCACACCAGUUUUUAAUGCAACACGUAAGGAAAGAAAAACGUGCGACUGGAGAGACACCGGAUCAAAGAACAUAUCGAUCAUGCACCACUACUAAAAUUCUUUGAUGUAUCUUUAAGAGUAGCAGAAUGUCAACUGCAAGUAAUAGUGGGGCUGGGGGAGGUGGAAGUAGUGGAGGAGGAGGAGGAGGAGGAAGCAGUGGUGGUGGUAGUGGUGGUGGAAGUGUUAGUGGCGCUUUAAGUUUAAUGGGUUGCGUCAGAGAGGCUUCUCCUCCUCCUCAAAAUCAUCAUCAUUAUCAUCAUUAUCAUCAUCAUCAGCACCAGCAACAGCAACAGCAACAACAGCAACAGCAACAAGGCCGUGGACUUGGCAUUGGGGAUUUUUCUUCGAACAGUAGCGUCGACCCUUUACCCAAAGAACCAAAAAAACGUCGUUUUCAUCCAUUGAGAGGAUUAAGAAAAAUAUUCCGAAGAAAAAGUCGCGGUGCCGCGGACGUGCGAUUAGUUUCCUCACCUGGAACCGGUGGAAAUGGUGAACGAGAUGGUUCGGAAUUGGUGCGAAUUCCACGAGAAGAGGUUACUCUGAGACAUCCUGCUGGGAGAGCUGAAGAAGCACGAAGCAGGAGUGCCAGCGAAUUACUUACAGAUUCUUGCGAUCGUGAAAGCGUAUUCCUGAGGAGAAAUGGAACGGAGGAUUUGUUUGUAAAGCUACGAGGUGGUACAGGAAAAUUGUCAGUCUCUCACGACAGUGUAUUCCCUGGGGAAGUACCUCAUACUCGGCCUCUAUCUUCAUUGGACAGUCUGCCAGCUCUCGAGAGACGACAAGAGAGGAAAAGCAACGAGAUCGAACACAAAGACUAUGCUCCCUACGUAGUCCAAAGGCACAGGAUAUCCUUGCGAGUGCUCGAGCAAAUAAAAACGGUCAUAGAGAACAGGAACCAGCAACAAGCGUCAACGAUUUCCUCUGACAAUUCAAACAACACGUUACAACAGAUUGCGGGAGAACGUUAUCAGCAGGAAACCGCCGAGAAUCGUUUUGGAAAUUAUGACAGUCCGGACAAAAGUAACGUCGAUGAGAGCCACGUCAAAGUCACCAAACCUGCGAAAGAAAAUGUCGAAAGGACAGUUUCUACGGUGAAAGAGGAUUUACCUCAAUUCGAGAGUGCCAGCUUGAAUCACACGGCAGCUCUCCACAGAAUUUCGGUUAGACCUAAAAAUCGUCGGCCUCCUAGACGUGCUCCAUCGACGACCAAUAAUACAUCGGCUUUAACGAUAACAACCAUAGUCGAGGAUACAAUGGACGAUGUGGAUCAGCCUAAAUCUCCUACCAAUAUUGUCUCAUCCUCGCCAACAGAAUCCAAAAAGAGUAUAACAUCGGUCACACGAAAAUCUUCGGCUAGGACAUCGCGAAGUUCGGAUAUUUUUGAAGGCCUAGAAUCCCCACAACCCCAACAACAGCAACCACCACAACCACAACCACAACCCAGACUACCUAGAAAACCUUCGAGCACUGCAUCCUUGUCACCCGACAGUCUGGAUGCACCUAAUGCUUCAAGGACAAGCCUUGAAAAUAACGACGAACAAGUAGAGAUCAGAUCGGUCGCAAGGAGACCAUCCAAUCGAAUAUCGAAAGGAUCAGAUGUUUUCGAAGAAUUAGAAUCUAAGUUACCACGUAGGAGAUCAUCCUCGAGUAGAUUAUCAAAAUCACCAGACAGUUUGGAAACUACCUCCUGUUGGUUCUCCAAGUCAACAGAGGGCUUUGAGAAUUUAAUAGAAUACGAAGAAAGCAAACCGGUAGCUAAAAGAUUGCUCAAUCCAAUCUCUAAAUCGAGCGAUCGUAUAUCGAAGUCAUCGGACAGCUUAGAAGCCAUCGAAGCUUUAACCAGCGACGAUUCGAUAGAACGUAGAAGAAGUAGUUUUGAAUUUCGUGCACGGAGAUCUUCCAAAUCUAUUUCGAAAUCGUCCGAAAGUUUUGAAGUACUCGAUCAGAGUUCACACGGUUCGGAUAUCGUUCAAGAAUUACAGAAGCGAAGUAGUAUCUCUGAUAUGAAUCUUUCCAGAGGUAGAAGACUUUCUAAAAGUACAUCCAAGUCUUCCGAAAGUUUUGAAAGGAUUGACAUAAGCGAUUCGAAAAAUGUUGAACUUGACGAGAAGAAGGAAGGAAAAGAAAAAGAAGAAAUUGAACAAGAAGAGGAAGAGGAAGAGAAGGUCGUGAGAAGGAGAUCGAGCAAAAGAAUGUCCUCCGAAAGUUCGGACAAUCUCGACGUUGAGGAUAGAUUAGAAAAUAGAAGAGUUAGGCGAAUACCAAAAAGAGUAUCUAGUACAAGCAUCGUUGAUAUUAUUCCAAUGGAUGAUAACGAAGAAGAGAGAAGGUCUAUCAGAAAAUCCAGACUACAGAAAUCAUCAGAGAGUUCCGAAUUGGGAAGCACCGAUACAUUGGACUCCGAAAGAAGAAAUAAAUCGUCCGAGAGUACCGAAACUUUGGAUAGUUUAGAGAAAGAUGUCGAACAGGAUAGGAAGGAAGAGGAGAUAACUGACAACGUUGUAGAUAGACGUGAUAAAAAUGAUUCUUGGUCUAGCAGAAGUAUGACAACAACAGAUUCAGAUCAAACAUCAAUGGCGGAUGGUACAGAGGAUUCAAAAUCAUUGAUAUCGCCGGAUAAAUUCUAUUGGCGUCAGUCGUCCGAAUCCAAGGAAAAUCUAGACAUCCAUCAAUUAUUAGCUAUCACUAUAGUUACUCGCAUGGCCGAUAAUGGUAAUAAUCAACGUAGUCCAGUUAUUUAUCCAAAGAAGAAACAACAAACUUCCCCGCCAACUUCGCCUGUCGCCAAACAGGAAGAUAACAAAAUGAUUUUUGAUAAUCUUUUAACGAACAAGAAUGACGAGGAUCUUCAAAAUAUGUUGAAUGGAAAUAUAUCGGAGGUCUCAACCGAUACUAAAAGUUUCAAAGAGAAACUUAUAAUGUUUGAGAAACUUGGAAAGUGAACUCUGUCUUCAUUUUUGUAUGCUUUUUUCUUGAUUCCAAGUAUAACAUAUUUUCAUGCUUCCAGUAAGAUUAUCGGAAUAAUUUAUUCGUUAAUUUGUCGAUGGACCAUUUCUUUUCUUUUUGUUUUUUUUUUUUCUGAGA